AGCAGAAUGGAGAACGGGGCGUACGGGGCACCGAAAGCGGGGAGCAGCUUUAACCUAGAAAACUUUCUCAGGCGGCCAGAGACGAUAUUGAGGAUCUGCAGCUGCGUCUUUGCUCUCGUUGUCUUUGCUUGCAUUGUAACUGAUGGUUACUCAAAUAACCCGGGUGAUAGCAAGUUAUACUGUGUAUUCAAUAAGAACAAUGACGCCUGCCACUAUGGAGUGGGCAUUGGGUUUCUGGCUUUCCUAGCAUGCAUCCUCUUCUUGUUUCUGGAUAUUUACCUGCAGACCCUAAGCAACGUCAACUACCGCAAAUACAUAGUGUUGGGUGACUUGGGCUUCUCUGUGCUGUGGAGUUUCCUCUGGUUUGUGGGCUUCUGCUUUUUAGCCAAUCAGUGGGCAGCGACUGUCACACAAGAUUUGACUGGAAGGGACAGUGCACAAUCAGCCAUUGCAUUCAGCUUCUUUUCUAUCCUAAGUUGGAUACCGCUUGCUGUCUUGGCAUACAAGAGGUACAAACAGGGUGCAGAUUUCAACCCAGAUUAUGUGGAUCCUACUCAGGACACUUCCUCAUAUCCCAGCUAUCCUGCCAGUGACAAUUAUCAGAGCCCACCCUUUACCAACAGCAACGAGACAGGAGAUUAUCAGCCACCACUUUACUAAACAAGACAUUUAUACUACCCAGACUGGUGUGGUUUACAGAAGGAAAGAUAAGCCAUUGAAACGUACAUAAGUCUGAACAUAAGCCAGUUUGUAACAUUUCUUUUUGUCCAGAUCAGGCUCUGCCAAGAAUACUAAACAGCCCUCUGCUAGCAGGCCUCUGAUAACUGUGGAUGAGGAAAUUACAUUUCCUUUUCUAGAACAGUUAGAGAUGCAUCUCCAUUGUGUGUCAGCCUUCCAUGGUUACUAGCUUAUACUUUUAUUGCAAGAUCAUGCACUGAGUAUAAAGGGUUUAUUCUUUUUAGUGGCAAAAUAUCUGGAUUAAAGAAAAUACUCAGUGUGGUUACUUAA